UGUACCGCAGGCCGCUUUCAGGGUCCCUGGUCGUCGUCGUCAAAUCGUUAAGUUCGCACGUUCGUCGUCUCGAUCAAGGCACGCGCGAGGACGUCACUUGCGGACGUCCAAAGACGAAGGCCUUCGCCGACGCCGAGGCGAUUCCCCCAAAGGCCGUCCUGACUUUUCACUGCACUUUUUGGCAUAAGAAUGAAAGUGUCGACACCGCCUCGCGGCUCCCAGCUCGUCCUUAUUCGUAUCAAGGGAGCGCGCAUGGCAGAUAUUUACAGGAUGUUCCAGCGGUUCCAGGGUCACAUCCAGCCAAAGGUGCACCCGGGUCGCAAAAGCCGUCUGGUGACCAAAGACGGCCGCUGCAACAUCGAGUUUGGCAAGAGGGAGCCCGGCAACCACCUGGCGUACCUGGUGGACAUGUGGACCACCUUUGUGGAGAUCCGUUGGCGCUUCGUGCUGCUUCUGUUCGUGGCGUCGUUCAUCGGGAGCUGGUUCAUCUUCAGCCUGCUGUGGUACUGGAUCGCCCGCAGCAACGGGGACAUGUCGGCGCCGCGGCGCACCAACCACACCAUGUGCAUCGCCAACGUCAACAGCCUGACCACCGCCUUCCUCUACUCCCUGGAGACGCAGACCACCAUCGGCUACGGCGGGCGGGCCCCGACGGGCCAGUGCGCCGGCACGGUGGCGGUCAUCAUCCUGCAGUCCAUGGUGGGCGUUUUCAUCAACAGCUUCAUGUGCGGGGUCAUCCUGGCCAAAAUCUCCCUGCCCAAGAGACGCGCCAAGACGGUGAGCUUCAGCGACACGGCCGUCAUCUGCCUGAAGAACGGCAAGCUCUGCCUCCAGAUCCGCGUGGCCAACCUCCGCAAGACGCUUCUGAUCGGCAGCCAGAUCUAUGGGAAGCUCCUGAAGACCACCACCACCUCCGACGGCGAGACGCUCAUCUUGGACCAGCUCGACAUCCACUUCACGGUGGACGCCGGCAAGGACAACCUCUUCUUCAUUUGCCCCCUGACGCUCUACCACGUGAUCGACCGGGCCAGCCCCUUCUACGAGAUCUCGGCCGACACGCUGCCCCAUCAGGACUUUGAGCUGGUGGUCUUCUUGGACGGCACGGCCGAGUCCACCAGUUCCGUCUGCCAGGUGCGGACCUCUUACACCCCCCAGGAGAUGCAGUGGGGGCACAGCUUCCUGCCCAUCAUCUCGCGAACCAAGACGGGCAAGUACUGCGUGGAUUUCUCCAACUUUUCCAAGAGCGUGCAGGUGGCAACGCCGCACUGCGCCCGCUGCUUUGAGGGCAAAGCGGACGCCGAGCUCCAGAUCCACAACCAACACAAGAAAGACAAUCGCAAGAACCAGCAGAAGAUUGGCAUCCACAACCUGGCCUUCCAGGGCACGGACGUUCACGACGCCGCAGACGUCACCAAGAUGUGAAGGCCUCAUCCUUCUCGCGUAUGGAGGAGGAAGCCCCCCCACACCCGCCCCAAAAAAAGCUACAGAAAAAUCUGCCCAGGGACCAUCUGGUCAGAUUUAGGACCAGGUCCGGGGUCAAACUCAACAGGCAGUUUCAUGUAACACGUGAACAUUCUUAUCCGUCACCCGAAAUCGUUCCAUCAAGUGACGAUUUUGCCAACUUGGUCCUGUUCCACAAGGAUUUGUUUGGAUUUAGAAUCUGGUCACGCAAGAUUUUUCGAGCCAAAUGUUUCACCUGAGAUAUUUAGCGUGACUGGUUCGGGCCGAACUCUGAAGGACGUUGAAAGUUCCUCAGCAAUGAAAAGGGGCAUUCAUCGUGAACGGCACAGCGGGUUCCUCCUGAGAAGAUUAACGUCUGAGUCGCUUUUAAUAAAAA